GAAGCACAAUCCAUUUCCCAUUCCAACUAAUUCAAACGGAUCCGACCCGAUUCACCCAUCACAUGGCUUUAGUUCGUGAUCGCCGCCAGCUUAAUCUCCGACUUCCCUUGCCAGAACCCUCCGAACGCCGCCCUCGUUUCCCCUUACCACUCCCUCCUUCUUCCAUAUCCACCGUCAACUCUACCACCACCACCGCUGCUGCUGCUUCUACUACUACUAUCUCCAUUUCAGAACUCGAAAAGCUUAAGGUUCUCGGUCAUGGAAACGGUGGAACUGUGUAUAAAGUCCGUCACAAGCGGACUUCCGCAAUCUACGCUCUCAAAGUGGUUCACGGUGAUAGUGACCCCGAGAUUCGCCGUCAGAUCCUCCGGGAAAUCUCAAUCCUUCGCCGGACGGAUUCUCCUUACGUCAUCAAGUGUCACGGAGUCAUCGAUAUGCCCGGCGGAGACAUCGGUAUUCUCAUGGAGUAUAUGGACGCCGGCACACUAGAAAAUCUUCUUAAAUCACAAAUAACUUUCUCGGAAUUAUGCUUAGCAAAAAUCUCUAAGCAAGUGCUCGGUGGAUUGGACUACUUGCAUAAUCACAAAAUCAUUCACAGAGAUCUAAAACCUUCAAACCUUUUAGUAAAUCAUGAGAUGGAAGUGAAAAUCGCUGAUUUCGGAGUGAGCAAAAUCAUGGGCAGGACUUUGGAUCCUUGCAAUUCAUACGUCGGAACUUGUGCUUAUAUGAGCCCAGAAAGGUUUGAUCCAGAUACGUAUGGAGUAAACUACAACGGUUACGCAGCUGAUGUUUGGAGCUUAGGCCUCACUUUAAUGGAACUGUACAUGGGCCACUUCCCGUUCUUGCCGCCGGGUCAGCGACCGGAUUGGGCUACACUGAUGUGCGCCAUAUGCUUCGGUGAACCACCCAGUUUGCCGGAAAAUACGUCGGGAAAAUUCAAAGAUUUCAUCGAGUGUUGCUUACAGAAAGAGUCCAGUAAGAGAUGGAGCGCACAGCAACUUUUGCAACAUCCCUUUAUACAGAGUAUCGAUUUGAAAUCCACGUAAAAGGGAAAAAGCAAGCUAAAAACUGGGAAAAUGGAAUCCGAGUUGUUGUAAAUAGAACGGGAUUCUUUUUUUCUUUUUUUUGGGUUCACUUUUUUGUAUAUUCUUCCACUCUGAAUCUGAGAAAUCAAAAUCAUUUCUCUGUACUAGAAAAAGUGCUCCAUUUCCACAGCAAAAAUCAUCUGUGGAAUUUUGGGAUCUUCAAUCUCUUUUCCAGCAACUACUACGAAUCUGGCAAACUUUUGUUA